AUGAGAAUUAUGAAAGAAACCUGAUUUUUGGCAGAAGAUAGCAGACUAAGAGCUGAGACCUGUGAUUAUUGCAGUAGUGAACUCCAGAUAGGCUACAUAACCAUUUGGACUAUGAACUGCAGGAAUUAUCAUUUAUGGUGCUUUAAGCCAGAACAACAGCAAUAUAUCUAUGAAAGUGAUCUUACAAUCAGGCUAACUCCUCAGAACCAAUACAUUUUAUCUUGCUGAUUGGAAACAUGGAAUGAAAAAUUCUUACCAAAAUACAAACCAUUCGAUAAACCGCCAAAAAUAGUAAAAACUUUGAAUUCACAGCUCCCCAAUUUAAAGCGAGCUUGAACAGAAAUUUUAAAAUUCAUUGAUCCAUUCGAAACUCUAAAUAUCAUUGCUCUAGUGUCAAAGUCCUUUUAUGAGCUUGCAUGAAAUGAUGAAUUAUGAUGUUUUUAUUGCUCCCAAGACUAUGGAAUUCACUCUUCUACAACUUCAUGGAAAAAUUGCUAUGCUCUGCUUUCAUUAGAAACUUGUGUGGGGUGUAGAAAAUAUUUUAGCAAUGAGUCGUUUUAUCGAUGUCCUUUUUUGAAAAAACCUAUUUGUAGUGACUGCCGUAAUAAUAAACCUAAGUACAAACUUUAUAGUAAAAAAGAAAUUUUUCAAAAAUAUGGGAUAAACCCAAUUUUUCUAAAUUUGAAUUUUGCAAGGGCUUAUCCUAAUCGAGUGGUCACUUAUCAAUUUAUGGCUGAAAAAGCGAUUUGACAAUAUCGACGAGAAAAUAAAAGAAAAUUAUUGGAAAUUUUACAAAGAAAUUUUAAACUUGAAACUUAUGAAUACGUUGAAAAUUUAGACAUUUUCAAUAUGGAAAUAGAAGUCGAAAACAUAGAUAAGGUAAAGAAAAAGGCGUUUAAUUAUGUCCGCUCUAGAGCUGGAAAAGAUAAAAUGCUGAAAGUGAUAAUUAAAUAUGCAAAGUAA